AUGUACCUUAUUGCAACAGGGUUUUUGAUAUUAGAAUGUGACAACUUACAAAAGCUUUUUCCAGAGUUCAUGAUUAAACUUGGGGCAUUGACACUAGAUGGAAAACAGUCAUUCGUUAUAAUCACAGGACUAUUACUUUCACCAUCAAUGUUGUUAACUGACUUGAGUAUGCUCUCCUAUAUCUCGGCCACUGGAGUAUUCUCUUGCCUUGUCAUUGUCGUCUCCAUCUUUUGUGUUGGUGCAUUCGACGGUGUUGGUUUUCAUGCAAAAGGAAGUGUUCUGUUAAAUCUCGAUACUCUUCCUACAGCAGUUGGCUUAUAUAUUGUUUCAUUUGGUGGACACCCAGUCAUCCCUUCAAUAUACAUGUCUAUUUUUGUUCUGGCAACUCUCAACUACAUGACAAUAGCGAUAUUGGGCUAUCUUAUGUAUGGAGAUGGUGUUGAAUCAGAAAUUACCAACGAAUAUUCCUUGUUGGUAGCCCCAAUUGCAACUGCCAUUGAAGGUGGACUAUCAGAAAAGUACAAGAAUCAGAAACCGGUGAGAUUGCUCAUAAGAGUAGCAUUGCUGAUCAGUACUGUUAUUGUGGCCUAUGUCUUCCCAUAUUACGAGUCCUUGAUGGCCAUUGUUGGGUCAGUUUUUGUUGCUUCGGCUUCUUUUCUGCUCCCAUGCUUGUGCUACUUGAAGAUUUCUGAUCUCAAUUGGAAUUGGAACUGUGAGCAGAUGGGCAUUGUUGGGAUAAUUGUAUUUGGAAUUUUGGCUGGGGUUUUGGGGACUUAUUCAUCUAUUUCUGAACUUCUAACAUAA